CUCUCCUUUACUCAGCGUGUUCUUCUCGUGCUGUUCGCGCGGAGAAGUCUGUAGGCGGGUGUACAUAGCGACUUAACAUAAAGACGUAACAUAAAGAAAAGGGAGUUUCCGAGACAUUUGGGUGGACGUUGCAUUGAAAAGGGGCGAAUUUACUACUUCGUCCAGCAUUCUGCAGGUUUGGAAUUGUCAGCGGUCAUAUCUAGUAGGUUGAAGCAAACAAUUGCUGUUUAUUGAAGGUAGCCUACACUGCAGAUGGCUUCCUUGUGAGACAGCCCAUCAUCGAAUCGAAAGGCCAAGCGUGCAUAAGAAUUUUCUGGAAUCCAGACUCAUACUACAGUGCAAGCAGAGCUUAAGCAGAACCAUGAUCCACUUUGAAUGCCGGCUCCUCAGGGGCCUGCUGGGUUUUAUUUGUCUAUUACCAAUGUGCACGAGUGCAGAACCAAAUAUCUGCGAUCCUCUGAGAACAGUACGGAACAGCCUAAACUCAACCCUGCGGAGACGAUUUAUGAAAAUGAACUUUCCUAUUAACUAUACUAUUCAAGUGCAUUAUGAGGAGGUGUUCAGACUACGCAACAUCAGCAGACUGAAUACGAGUAAUGAAGAUGAACCAGUGCAGAAGAGAGAUCUACAGGAUUUGUGGCUUUUGAUUAGUCAGCAGGGUAUAAAGAGGGUUUUAAGGGUGCUGCCAGAGAGACAUCCUACACGGCGUAAAUACCUCUUCAAUCUGGAGAACCUCUUCAGAAAUUUUCAGGCAAAAUUUCAUGAUUCGAAUCCAGUAGAUCCAGAGAGAGUUCUUCCAGAGAGCAUAGAAAACAUCCGGGAUCGAUUGACAGACCCAUAUUACCAGGGAUGGAAGUCUGUGAAACCCAAGUCACUACUGGAUAACAGUUAUCGGACCAUGCUUUGCCUAUUCAAAGAGUGCUUCUUAAAAGAGGAUGACAAUUAUGAUUAUUGUGAAGUCCUCAACCGGAGGAAAGAGAAGAAAACAACAUAGCAGCAGAUCUAAGCGGAUCCGAUCCUGUUUCAUGUUGCUGGUGUUGGUGUAAAAGGGUGUUACCUGUUUAUGUAGUGACACGCAGCAUGCUUGUGUGCCUCUUGUCCUAGUGAAGUCAUUGAUUGUCUCCACCGGUGUUGUCCAUAUGGAAAAAACUCCAACAACCGUCGCACCACUUGGAAGACACUCUAAUGACCCUGCAGCUAUUGCUCUCCAUCAUUCAGAACAUUCAUACCUCCGUCCACCCGCCCGCAAACUUGCAUAUCGAUGUAGUAUUUUGCUAAAAAGAUUCAUGUUCUAUGGAAGAGACAUGCUUUGACUCUUCGCUGUAGUAUUUUCUAUUGGUAAUUCCAAAAAAGUCUUUGCCACUGUGACUUAUAUUUCUGAGGAAAUUAAAUAUUUUGUCCUUGGUGAAUGCCAAAACAGUAUAUUAUCAAGCUACAUUGUAAAUGUUCUUGGACAUUUUUAGGUAAGAUGUAUAAGUUACAUGGAGCUUCUUUUGUCCACAUAUCAUUUGCAUGCAAAUGUUGUGCUGACUGCUGGCUUAGUCGGCACUGUUGCUUUUACCCGUUGGCUCUUUACUUUGUGCUUUGCUGGUUUAAUGUUGAAAGUUUGCACCAAAGUAGUCCAAUAAAAAGCUUUUUAAGGUGACCAAUAGGGUUUGAUAUCAGGUUUGCAUAUGUUUUAUACACAGAUUUUAAUCUAGUUUAUUUAUUUGGACUCCUGCCACAGAAUGUUCUGGUAACUGUUGUAACAUGGCUUGGAAAUAAAUCUCCCACUAUCACC